UGGCCUGUCUGUCUGGGCCUCUCUCUCCCCCUGAACUUAUAGAGGAUAAAAAAUAUGAUAGAAAGACUCUCAGCUGGCUGGAGAAACCUAAGAAGCCAGAGCUCUUUGUCUAGUGGUGCCACUGGUGAGAGUCACUUGGAAGCUUGAAAGACACAGGAAGCCUGGCAGCGGCUCUCUUCCCUCUGUGGUAGUGCUCAGUCCACUGGCCAUGCGGAAAGGCCAGAACUUUGACAGAAAAGGCUGAUAGAUAAGGCAAGAUCAUGUUACUACAAGAAGGUGUGGAAGCUGAAAAGAAAGCCAUUUCUCUUCUUUCUAAAUUACGGAAUGAACUGCAGACAGAUAAGCCCAUUGUGCCCCUGGUUGAGGACUGUGCGGAUACUGACCUUUGGAAUCAGCAUCUCGAGUACCAGCGCGGGCUUUUAAAUGAGAGCGAUGGACAGCCGAGUUGGUUCCGCUCGCCGUGGUUGUUUGUGGAGUGCUACAUGUAUCGUAGGCUUCACGAAGCAAUUAUCCAGAGUCCACCAAUCAAUGGCUUUGAUGUAUUUAAAGAAUCCAAAGACCAAAAUUUCUUUGAGUCACAGGAAUCUGUCAUGGCUCUAUGCACUCACUUGCAGGAAUUGAUAAGAACUAUUGAAGACCUUGAUGAGAAUCAGCUGAAAAACGAGUUUUUUAAACUUCUACAGAUUUCCCUCUGGGGGAAUAAAUGUGAUCUAUCUUUAUCAGGUGGAGGAAGUAGUUCUCAGAAGACCAAUAUCAUGAAUUCUUUAGAAGACCUAAAGCAGUUCAUUUUAGUGAACGACAUGGAACAUCUUUGGUCAUUGCUUAGUAAAUGCAAGAAGGCAAGGGAAAACAUGUCUGUAGAUAGAGUGUAUAUUGUGCUGGAUAAUUCUGGAUUUGAACUUGUUACAGAUUUAGUGUUAGCUGACUUCUUGUUGUCCUCUAAAUUGGCUACUGAGAUUCAUUUUCAUGGGAAAAUGAUUCCGUGGUUUGUUUCAGACACGACUAUACAUGACUUGAAUUGGGUAAUUAAGCAGAUGAAAUUCUGUAAUCAUAAAUGGAUGUCCAAGUGUGGGGCCAACUGGGAAAACUACAUCAAAGUGGGUCGAUGGGUUUACCAUGAUCAUAUAUUUUGGACUCUGCCUCAUGAAUACAGUGCAAUGCCCCUGGUGGCCCCUGACUUAUAUGCUGAGCUACAAAAGGCGUGUUUGAUUUUAUUCAAGGGUGAUUUGAAUUACAGAAAGUUGACUGGGGACAGAAAGUGGGACUUUACCGUUCCGUUCCAUCAGGCUCUGUGUGGCUUUCAUCCUGCCCCUCUGUGCAGCAUAAGAACAUUAAAAGCUGAGAUUCAGGUAGGUCUGCAGCCAGGGCAAGGGGAGCAGCUCACGGCCUUGGAUCCCCACUGGCUGACCUCCGGGAAGUAUGGCGUAUUUCAGUUUGAUGGCCCACUCUGAUGUGGCUUGGAAGCCCCAGGAGAGAGCAGGGUCUGAGAAGCGCCUUUUCCUCCCUGGAUGGCAGUGUGCGGUUGAGUCUGUGGCCUGCACUGCUGUGACUCUAGAAAGCUUAGCUUCUCCAAGCUGACGCGCUUGUGCUCUGGGUGGCUUUUCCUCAGAACUCUUUGCCCCACUACGAUGUUCUGGAAAUACAUUCUUUUAAGUUAGUUACAGAUAUUUAUGUUUUUGUUAGAAUUUUAGUAUCUCAUCUACAUUAAAUGCAUAAUUUAAGAGGUUUUGAUAAACUUUAAUUGGCAAAAAGCAAAAUAUAAGUGAACUCUGCUUUUUAAAUUAGUUAAUCCUGUUUUUUCAGGGCUG